AUGUCCGCCGAAGCAGACGUCAAGCUCGCUGACUUCAAGAACAUCUUCUCGCUAAACGGCAAGGUAGCUGUAGUCACAGGCGGCUCAAGAGGUCUUGGACUGCAUGCAGCGUCAGGUCUCGCUCAAGCCGGCUGCUCCAAGAUCUUCAUUACCUCCCGCAAAGCAAAAGCCUGUGAAGAAGCGUGCGCCGCUCUGAACGCCCUCGGCACAUCAUGCAAAGCCAUCAGUAUCCCAGCCGAUCUGGCCAAGCAAGCUGAAGUCGAGCGUCUGGUGAAAGAAGUCGAGAAGCACACCGAUAAAGUCGAUAUUUUGUUCGCAAAUGCUGGUGCAACAUGGGGAGAAGAAUUCGACAAGCACCCCGAAUCCGCAUUUCAAAAAGUCAUGCAAUUAAACGUCACCAGCGUCUUUACAUGCGCACAGAAAUUCGCCCCGCUUCUUCGCAAAGCCGCGUCAAUCGAAGACCCAUCUAGAAUCCUCAUCACUGCUUCGAUUGCAGGUAUUGGUGUUGGGACGCUGGGAAAGCAGGCCACAUUUGGAUACUCGGCCAGCAAGGCUGCUGCUUUGCACUUGGCGAGGAAUUUGGCGUUGGAACUCGGGCCCCAAGGUAUUCUCGUGAAUUCUUUGGCACCGGGGUUCUUCCCGACGAAGAUGGCGAGUGGAUUGAUGGAGAUGAGUGGUGGUGUCAAGAAGCUGGCGGAGGCCACGCCAAAUAGGAGAUUGGGACAGCCGGAGGAUAUCGCUGCUGCGGUGGUAUAUCUGUGCAGUCGCGGGGGAGGUCAUAUCAAUGGAGGUCAUAUUGUGCUUGAUGGAGGAAGUGUUUUGCAAGCCAAGCUGUGAGGCUAGAUUGCUUGAUUGAUGUAGUUCUCAGAGCUAUGAAUACCAAGCAGAUUUCAUUCGUGG